AUGUUGGUGGCAGCUGCCGGUUAUGCAUGUGUCCACGCCUGCUGUCAUCCCGGUAAACCAGUUACACAAGUCGCUAAGUCUGCUGCUGCGGGAGCCAGUGGAGGAGUCACCCCGACCAAUGCACCGAGACUAAAACACCUCUCAGCUGCUGGCUACAGCCCGCCAGAGAAGCCCACACAGACUAGAUGUCGUUCUCCGGAAAAAGAGACGUUCACAUGCUGGUGGGAGCCAGGCUCUGAUGGGGGUCUGCCAACUACCUAUGCCCUGUACUAUCGCAAAGAAAACUCCGAGACGGAGUACGAGUGUCCCGACUACCACACAGCUGGAGAGAACUCCUGCUUCUUCAACAAGAACGACACGUCCAUCUGGGUCAACUACAACAUCAGCGUGGUGGCCACCAACGCACUGGGGAGGGCCUUCUCCGAUCCAGUGGACAUAGAUGUGGUUUAUAUUGUCGAGCCUAAUCCUCCAGAGAAGCUGACAGUGGCAGUCAUGGAGGAUAAGGGCUGGCCCUUCCUCCUUGUGUCAUGGGAACCGCCACAUAAAGCUGACACCCGCUCCGGUUGGAUCACUCUCAUCUACGAGCUCCGCGUCAGGCUGGAGGAGGAGGAGGAUGACUGGGAGAUGCACCAUGCAGGCCAGCAGAAGAUGUUUAACAUUUUCAGCCUGCGCUCGGGGGGGAAAUAUCUUGUCGAGGUGCGCUGUAAACCCGAUCACGGCUUCUGGAGUGAAUGGAGUUCCACUUCCUACGUCAAAGUUCCUGACUAUUUCCAUCGGGAGAAGUCAAUGUGGAUCCUCGUUGCAGUCUUUUCUGCCUUCAUCUUCCUCAUCCUCACAUGGUUGCUGCACAUGAACAGUCACAGUCUGAAGCACUGUAUCCUGCCGCCAGUCCCUGGUCCUAAAAUCAAAGGAUUUGAUAAUAAGCUUCUCAAGAAUGGCAACUCUGACGAGAUCUUCAGCGCUCUGGUUGUGCCCAAUUUCCCUCCGGCCUCAACAUCUAAAUACGAGGAGAUGCUGGUGGAGUACUUAGAGGUGUAUGUCCCAGAGGAGCCGGAGCUGAUGUUGGAGGAGAGCAAGGAUCUACUUGACGGCUGCCUUAAAUCUGAGAACUCCAGAUCAGACAGUGACUCAGGCCGGGGCAGCUGCGACAGCCACACUCUGCUGAUGGACAAGUGCGGCGAAACAAAAGAAGAAGAGGGGCAAACAAAUCGGGAGAGCAGUCUGAUGGAGACACGGGGCUGGAAGGAGGAAGCUAUCAACCACGACACCAGUGGGAAGGUGAAGACCUGGCCCUCGGUGUAUUCUCCACUGCCUCAAUAUGGCUCAAACCCCCUGGACAAACAGAGCUCACUUGAGACGGCCAAGCAGCAUUCCCUCUCCACAUCCUCCUUCCUCACCCAUCCUGGCACCAAGGACGCUCUGGGACCGAGCAUCACGGACUUCUGCUUGAGCAACAAACAAAAUCAUCUCCAUCCCCAGACACUGGCCCAUCGGGAACUCCAAACCCGGAGCGAUGUCAACAUCUCCAACAUCGGACGCAAACGAUCGCCCGCCACCAAGUACGUUGAAGUCCAGAGGGUCAACAAGGAGGAUAUGGUGCUCCUGCAGCCAGUGGUGUCCAGGUGUGGCCACAUUGAAGGUUGCCCCAACUUGCCCAAGGGGGAGGACUAUAGCAAAGUGAAGGGGGUGGACUGUGAUAACAGGCUACUGCUGCAGAGAGAGGGGACAGGGGAAGACGUAUGCCCUUUAGUGGACCAGGAGACAAAUGGAGAAGGAGGAAACUGGUACACGUCCUCCACAGUUAGCACUACGCAGAAGCCUACAGCCUGCAUGUACACUGUCAUGCCACUACAGGAGGAAACGGCCCUCACAUUGAAUGGUUAUGUUGACACAGCCACAAUGGGCAACAUGCCAUCCUGCUAAAGGUCCCAUAAGGUCAGGCACUGUGCCAGAUUUGGUUCAGGCCAGGAAAAAGACUAUACACACUAAACACUGGAUUACCUUUAUUUACUUGAUGAAUUAUACUCUUUCUUCAACUUUAUGAAGAAUAUGAUUGAUUGCAUUAACUAUGUGGUUUCUAUAUUCUGUCAUGAUUAAGUAUAUGUUUGAAUAUGUCAUACAUAUUGUUCUCCUGUCAGGCACGAUGCAUUCACUUUUUUUUUAUGUCUUUCAUAAAAUACUUGAUCUACACUGCUGGAAACCUCUGAUUGAAGGAUUUGUGUACAAUCAAAAUGUCAGAAAUGUUUGUUUUUAAUAUAUAAAAUGUAUUUUCUCUG